AUGGUGGCUCAGUGUGUCCUUGCAGGCUAUAAUGGCACAAUUUUUGCUUAUGGGCAGACAGGCAGCGGGAAGACUUUCACUGUCACAGGAGGAGCAGAGCGAUACAGUGACAGGGGCAUCAUUCCCAGGACACUCUCAUACAUCUUUGGGGAGUUUCAGAAGGACAGCAAUAAAGUCUACACAACUCACAUUUCCUACUUAGAAAUCUACAAUGAAUGUGGUUAUGAUCUUCUUGAUCCACAUCAUGAUGCCUCCAAACUUGAAGACUUGCCCAAGGUGACUAUCAUGGAAGAUACUGACCAACACAUUCACCUUCGGAAUCUCUCCCUUCACCAAGCGAACAAUGAGGAAGAAUCUCUCAACCUGCUUUUCCUCGGAGAUACAAACCGAAUGAUUGCAGAGACACCUAUGAACCAGGCCUCAACACGAUCCCAUUGCAUUUUUACCAUUCAUGUUUCCAGUCGUGAGCCAGGCUCUGCAACUAUUCGUCGGUCCAAAUUGCACCUGGUGGACUUAGCUGGCUCAGAACGUGUCACGAAGACUGGAGUUGGAGGACUGCUAUUGACAGAGGCUAAAUACAUCAACCUGUCCCUAUCAUACCUGGAACAGGUUAUAAUCGCACUUGCAGAAAAGAAUCGUACGCACAUCCCUUAUCGAAAUUCAAUGAUGACAUCUGUUCUGAGGGACAGCCUGGGAGGAAACUGUAUGACGACAAUGAUUGCAACUUUAUCUGUGGAUAAGAGGAACUUAGAGGAAUCUAUUUCAACAUGCAGAUUUGCACAGAGAGUCGCACUUAUCAAGAAUGAAGCUAUUCUGAAUGAAGAAAUUGAUCCUAGAUUGAUGAUUCUUCGUUUAAAGAAGGAAAUCCAGCAGCUAAAAGAGGAGCUGGCCAUGGUCACUGGAGAGACAAGGGCUGACAACCUCUCACAGGAAGAAACACAGAAGUUGGAGGAACAGCUCAAUAUUUUUCUAGAAGACACUGACCCCGAGGCCUCACUCGAAGUUGGAGCUGACAUGAGGAAGAUUCAGCACUGUUUCCAGCGAUUGAAGUGUUUAGUGAAGGACCUGAAGCAGUGUAGACCGGACCUUCAGAUAGAAAAUGGACCCUUGGCCCCAGAUCCACAUGGAGAUGUUAUCAUUACCACAGAGACGAAAUUGCGAGAAAUCUUGCAGCAACGAGAUAAUGAAAUAAAUAUUCUUGUGAAUAUGCUAAAGAAAGAGAAGAAGCGGGCACAAGAUGCCAUCAAUCAAAUGAAUUCGGCCAAAUGUGGGAAAAUAACUCCCUCUAGUGGCCAGUCUUCAAAAAAUUUAAACUCAAGUCAUGGAUCAAGACAGCUUUCUGAAUCAGGAUUUUCUAGUAACGUAAGCACCUCAGGAUCUGAGUCUACCUUCAGUUGCAGGAGAAUGGCAAGGGAGAUGUCACUUGGACGUCAGGAGGCGUUUGAGAUCUUCAGAAGAGACUGUGCUGACAGUAUAACCAUUGAAGACAACAAACAACUUCUGAAGCUGAGAUUCACCGAAGCAAAAGCACUUGGAGAGAAAGUGAAUCAGUCCAGGAAUAAGAUUAAUCAACUGAAAGGUCAUCUAGAACAGAGGAGAAUGCAAAGGGCAGCUAGUAGUGUGACCAGCGAGCCAGCAGCUGUCACUGAACCAGAUCACUUAGAAAAUGAACUUCGAGAGAAAAUAGAGGAAGAAAAAAAGAGCUAUAAAAUGACUUUCAAUCGGCUGAAAGCACUGAAGACAGAGAUCGAGCAUUUACAGCAUCUCUUAGAAAAGUCCAAGAUGAUGAUGCAAAAGGAUUUUGAAGUCUGGUGGUCUGAAGAGGCAGUGAGACUCCAGGAACAACUGUCUGAGGCCAUCUGUCAGAACACCUGUAAGACACAUUCUGUGACUCCAACAGCUUCCCAGGGGAACCUGCACAACAGCAGCGGCAUUGAAACAAGUGGUGGCUAUAUGAGUACAGAUUCCGCAACUCAAGACAACGUCAGGGCCUGCAAACUUGCUUCAUCUGACCGCAGGUAA